UUAUUAAAACGUCUUUUUUUUUAAUUCGAAAAGAAUUUUGGCCCGAAAUUCAAAAUAAUGUACCAUAUUUCGAUCUUUUUCGUUCUAUCGUUUUCCUAUGCGACACUGGGUGCUUAUCAAGAUAAACCAAACAAGUACACAAAGUUCGACUACUGCACACUGAACUGCGAUGAGGACGUACACUCUGCUUGCAAGUGUGCCAUUACACCACCACGAGAGGAAAUGAGAUACAUACCUUUCGUGGAAUUUAGAACGAAGGUCCUCGCCGAACAUAACAAAUGGCGGGACUACAUAGCGUCAGGCAAAGAAACCAGGCCAAAUGAAGGGUGGUCUCCAGCUGCUGGUAACAUGAUGGUGAUGAGUUAUGACCUCGAGCUGGAAUACAUCACUCGAUGUCGUGGAGUGACGAGUUACAGACACAGUGCCAAAGACCUAACAGGUCACGAUAAGUGCAGAGUUCGCAUAGGCCACCUAAGUGUUGGGCAAAAUUUGUACGGUACUAGCAGAAAUGACACGAAUAAGAUUAUCACUAGGGGAAUACAGAACUGGUACGAUGAAGUAGCUUUGAUAAAAAACGAAAAGUAUGUAGACAAAUAUAUUGGACAACACGGCACUGGACACUUGACCCAGUUGGUUUGGUGGAGUGCUAACCGACUGGGAUGUUCGAUGGUUUAUAGUCCCGAAAGCUUGGCCUCUUGGAAGCAUACUCUGAUCUGCAAUUACGCAAGUUUCGUUACUCCCCGCUUAGCUGGAAAUGUACUAGAACAACCAGUGUACCAAAGAACAGAAACUCCAUGUGACAGUUGUCCGAAUGCGACAAAGUGUGGCGAUACCCCCGAAUACCCAUCGUUGUGCGGCAAACAGGAACCGAUACCAACAGACGCCCCGGGAUUAAUUAGAAGGCUUGGUGAAAAUCGUGGUGAAACAAACAAAAAAGGAAGCAAAAUCGUCGUAUAUAUUCCAAUUAUAGUUUUCUAUUUGGUGUAUUAAAUUACUCGCAGCUGUGUUUCUGAAAUCGUUUGGAACUACGUAAAAAAUGAUAAUCGCUUCGUUGUGUCAAUAAAAAUAAAAAAUAAAUUCAAGAA